UUAUAUUAUGUAAACUUCAUUUUUGACGUUUUCGUUUUGUCACACUUUUAGUUUUGUGUUCAAAAUUUUUGUUCGUACAAAAUUCAAAGUGCCGUAUAGACAAUGUCAUGCUCAGACGAGUUUGCCAGUAUUAUUAUACCUAGUGGGUCGAUUGAUGCGUCGAAGCAGAUUAUUAUUAAUGUUCCCAGCAAUAUUCGUGGAUCCCACGUAGUUGUUCCUCCAGAAAAUAAUGGAGUCGAUUGUCAUCUCGCAAGAGAUUUCGACGAUGAAAAGAAAGAAAAUAUGCUUAACCUCCUGAACGAUUUCAAAUGUAAGCGUGAUACUUUGCUAUUGUCCAACAUACGCCAAAGGUUGCGGCUUCUAGAUCAAAUGGAGUAUGUCGAAACAACGGUACUGAAAAAAGAUAUCAGGGAUUAUCAACAAGCCAGAAAAAAGUUAGUAUUUGAUUUACAAACCAUAGCUUCAACCCUUCCGGAUCUUAGAAAAUGCAGAUAUGAGCUAGAACCUCGGGAAAGAUUUUAUUCGGAUAAGAUACGCAUUCGCAAAAUGGGCGAUCAAGGAGAUAAUCUUUACCUUGGUUUGGAUCUUAGCACACAACAGCUUAAGGCUGCUGUAGUUAACGAAAAACUAGAAAUUGUAGCGGAACAAAUCGUAAUAUAUGACUCUGACUUACCUGAAUUUCGUACCCAAGGAGGCGCGAUUAUAGAUAAAAUUAACAAUGCCUACAUCACUUCUCCCACUUUAAUGUGGGUAAAGGCCCUUGAUAUAGUGCUGGACAAGCUAACAGUGGCAGGAAUCAAUUUUUCAAAAAUAGCAGCAAUCUCAGGAAGUGGACAGCAACAUGGUUCAGUUUAUUGGCAAAGAGGGGCUAGUCAAACGUUAGCAAAUUUAAAUCCUGGUGAAUUUCUUCAUCAACAGUUAGCCCAUUCUUUUGCUGUAGCUAACAGUCCGAUAUGGAUGGACUCAAGUACGACCAAACAGUGCCAGUUACUGGAACAAGCUGUAGGCGGACCAAUGAAAUUAGCAGAAAUUACAGGUUCUCGAGCUUAUGAAAGAUUCACAGGAUCUCAAAUAUGUAAAAUAAAUCAAACAAGACCAGAUGCUUAUAAAAGUUCAGAGAGAAUAUCUCUCGUUAGCAGUUUCGUGUGUUCUCUCUUCGCUGGAAAAAUUGCUCCAAUAGACAUAUCCGACGGAUCGGGAAUGAACCUGAUGAACAUCAAAACGAAAAAAUGGGAUGAAACGUUGCUUGCAGUAUGCGGAUCAAAUUUAGCCGAAAAGUUAGGGGAUCCUGUACCAUCGACAACAAUUGUGGGGAAUGUAUCGCCCUAUUAUGUGGAUCGAUAUAACUUUAAUCCCAACUGUAAAACAAUUGCUUGUACUGGGGAUAAUCCUGCUUCUCUCAUAGGUAUGAGGCUUAGCGAGAACUGGAUAGCCGUAAGUUUAGGGACCAGUGAUACAGUCUUCCUUUGGCUACAAGAGCCCAAAAUAGUUCUGGAUGGUCAUGUACUUUGUAACCCAAUAGAUGAAAAUGCUUACAUGGGCAUGUUAUGUUUUAAAAAUGGUUCUUUUACAAGAGAAAGGAUACGGGACCAAUGCGCAGAAGGCUCAUGGGAUGUUUUCAAUGAAUUAUUAGAAAGCACGCCUAGAGGAAAUUUCGGAAAUAUAGGACUUUAUUACGAUAAUCAAGAAAUCAUUCCAUUUUUACAUGGCGAUUACAGAUUCAGUAAGGGUGGUCGUGUUACCAAGUUUAAUAGUUUAGAGGUCGAAGUGAGAGCUGUUAUUGAAGGGCAGUGUAUUAGGAAUAGAGCUUAUUCCGAAGAUUUUGGACUUAAAAUAGAUAAAAAUACGAAGAUUCUAGCUACAGGUGGUGCUUCCAAUAAUAAAGCAAUUCUUCAAGUGUUGUCUGAUGUAUUUAAUGUACCAGUGUAUGUGCAACAAGCUGCAAACUCCGCUAUGCUGGGUGCAGCAUACCAAGCUAAACAUGGUUUGUUCUUCGGUCAAAAAUCGUAUCGUGAUGUGAUGUCUCCACUACCCGAACCAGAACUGGCCUGCACACCUUAUCAAGACGCCGAAUCAAUUUAUAUACCAAUGGUACAUAGAUAUAGAGCCAUUGUAAAAGAACUCACGGCACAAUAAUCAAGCAAUUAAAAUAUUAAACAUUAAAUUUAUUUUAUUGUUGUUCCUUGUUUUGUAUAAUAAAGUCAAUUCAGUGAA